AUGAAGAAACAAAAAAGAAUUAAAAAACAACAUAUGCUUAAAUGUACUACUACUACUACUACUACUACUACUACUACUACUACUAUUACUACUACUACUACCACUACUACCACUACUACCACUACUACCACUACUACCACUACUACCACUACUACCACUACUACUACUACUACUACGGUUACAUCGUUAACUCGAACCAUCUGA